UUACUAAUACAGUACAUAGAAACAAAGUUACUCCGCUAUCCUAAUUUUAUCUUGCUCAAAUCCUAAACCUUCUUCAUCUCUCUCAAAAUUUUCAAAAUGCUUUAGUUUUCUUUUAUUUGUUUCCUUCUCUAGGCUUUGCCUAUUGAGGUUCCAGAAACGUUUUUUUUCCCAUGUUUUUACAGUAAUUAGGGUUAUUUAUUUCAUCUGAAAAUCCUCAGAGAGAGAUACCGGAGAGAGAUACCGGAGAGGAUGGAAGGUCGAAGAAUAUCGGCGAAUCCUCGGCCGUGUUCGGGGAGAAGAAUAUUAGCGAAGAAACGGCCGCGUUCUAACGGAUUUAUUAACACUGUUAAAAAGCUUCAGCGACGGGAGAUUUCUUCUAAGCCAGAUCGUGCUUUUACUAUGAGUAAUGCUCAAGAACGGUUUCGGAAUAUGCGUUUAAUGGAAGAGUAUGAUACACAUGAUCCCAAAGGCCAUUGCUCGGUAGUGUUGCCCUUUUUGAUGAAGAGAACGAAAGUUAUUGAAAUUGUAGCUGCUCGUGACAUUGUUUUUGCUCUUGCGCAUUCCGGUGUUUGUGCUGCUUUUAGUAGAGAGACGGAUCAGAGGAUAUGUUUUUUAAAUGUUAGUCCUGAUGAAGUCAUUCGGAGCUUGUUUUAUAAUAAGAACAAUGAUUCGCUCAUCACAGUUUCGGUUUAUGCUUCCGACAAUUUCAGCUCCUUGAAGUGUAGAUCAACUAGAAUUGAGUAUAUAAAGAGGGGCAAGCCAGAUGGUGGGUUUGCUCUGUUUGAGUCUGAGUCACUGAAGUGGCCUGGGUUUGUAGAGUUUGAUGAUGUAAAUGGGAAGGUUCUGACCUACUCAGCCCAAGAUAGUGUAUACAAGGUUUUUGACCUCAAAAACUAUAACAUGCUGUACUCUAUUUCGGAUAACCAUGUCCAAGAAAUCAAGAUCAGCCCUGGCAUCAUGUUGUUGAUUUUUAAUAGAGCAAGUAGUCAUGUUCUUCUUAAGAUUUUAUCAAUAGAAGAUGGCACAGUUCUUAAAACCUUCAACCAUCUGCUUCAUCGAAAUAAGAAGGUGGAUUUCAUCGAGCAAUUUAAUGAAAAGCUUCUUGUCAAGCAGGAAAAUGAGAAUCUCCAGAUUCUUGAUGUUAGAAAUUUUGAGCUAAUGGAAGUUAGCAGAACUGAUUUCUUGACUCCCUCUGCAUUUAUUUUUCUAUAUGAGAAUCAGUUGUUCCUGACUCUUAGAAAUAGAACUGUUGCUGUCUGGAACUCCUGCGGGGAGCUUGUAACUUCAUUUGAGGAUCACCUGUUAUGGCACCCCGACUGUAACACAAAUAACAUAUACAUCACAAGUGAUCAGGAUCUUAUUAUUUCUUACUGUAAAGCUGAAUCUGAAGAUCAGGGGACGGAAGGAAGCGCUGGAUCUAUCAAUGUUAGCAACAUCUUGACAGGAAAAUGCUUGGCUAAAAUUAAUGCUAGCAAUGGCAGUCGCAAGACUGACGAGAGCAGCAAUAGCAGCAGCAUUGGCAGCUCAAAACAGAUUUGUUCUACUAUCAGAAGUUCAGUUGCAGAGGCUUUGGAAGGCAUAACUGCUCUCUUCUACAAUGAAGAGCGAAAUGAAAUUUACACUGGUAAUAGACAAGGGCUGGUUCAUAUAUGGUCUAACUGAAGAUCAUGUUUGUGUUUCCCAUCAUACUCGCAAGGGGAUCUAUAAUGGCAACGGACAAUGGUCUAGUUCAUUUAUUAUAAUGAAGAACAGGUUUUUAUCAUUCUAAUCCCAGUGCUACGAUUUCGCUAUUGGAGGAUAUUCUCUCUGCACAACCACAAAGCCUACGUCUUUGUAGAAUCAUGUCGUGAAUUGCUUCAGGAUUAAGAAUGAAUUGUAUCAUCAGAUAGUCGUACUUUGUGUGUACGAAUCUGUAGAUUUUAUUCUAGCUUUCUUGGGUUAUUUGUUUGACAUGCAAAUGUUUAAAGUUGUCUUAACCCUGAACAAUUUUCCGUUACUGCUAUGUUAACAUUAGUUUAUAUUUUU